AUGAGCAAACGAAAUCAUUCAUCGAGGAAUACGACUCAAACAACCAACGCAUCUAGUGAAGCAGCAGUUCCUGGAAACUCGCAUCGACCUCGUAGCAAAAUCGGUCAGUUCCUGAAGAAGCUUAAGGAGGAUGCGAAAAUGUUAAGGACGAAUUCCCGCAGCCCUGGCUCUGCUCCCGAAAAUGUCGUUCAUGACGAACGUGCUUCAUCGAACCCGAAUAUCGAGGGUCAGGCUGGUCCGUCCAGUGUAACACCGGAGCCUGAUAUCCAAUUGGCACUUCGGGAUGCACAAGAAUAUACAAAGCACAUGCACUCACUUCCGAGACGUGCGAUAACUGUAGCAUCUGCUGGUCAGGAUGCAGAGAAGGAUCUCGAUACUGCAGACCAGUUUGAGGACACAUAUCUCAAACCCCUCAAGAUAUUUGAUGCUGUUAUCGCAGAGAUUGCGAAUAUACAUCCAUAUGCCAAGAUGGCACUGGGCGUGUUGUCUUGUGCAGCCAAAGAAUCAUUUGUGCAGAUUGUUCUAGCUCAAGCAGAUCGCGACAAAGCAGUACUCAAGCUCGUCGAUAAGCUGUAUGCUCGGCCAAAUCUCGUCGAUGCGCAUUAUCCUUGGACAGAUUUCUCAGCAGACCCUCGAAUGCGCUCAAUUCAUUCAAAAGUAUUCGAAGACCAAGAACUUUUGUGA